CACUGCCCCCUUUUCUACAAACCAAGCCAACCUGUUGAGUGUCAGUGAAGUGCUGAAGGCAGGGUGUUGGCGCACAGAGAGGAGAGAAGUUGUCGCUUCUGAUUCACGUAUCCGACUGUACGUCGGAUUUUUUUUAAGAAAAAUCUUCGUGUUUUCGUGUCCUAGCUGAACAGACUCGAUGCUAAGGAUGUCAAAGAUCGGGGCUUUGGUGUUGGUGACAUUUGUGUCCCUGGUUUUUGCAGAAGAGCAGCACUCGGAGGAUGACCCCUUUACCUUUGAUGACCAGAGACUAAGAGUUGGAGGCCUCAUUCUAGCUGGUGUCCUCUGUCUCAUUGGCAUUACCAUCCUGCUCAGUGGCCACUGCAGGUGCAAGUUCAACCAGGACAAGAGAAGGAGGACAGGAAGCAAUGCUCAGCCAAUGCUCACUGACCAAGGUCGUGCCUGUGACUGCUAGAUGUCAGCCAGAUCACACUAACUUUCCAAACCUGCAAUCUACAGAUAACAGAGAGGAGCAGCAGUGGGAAUCAUCACACCAGACAUGAUGCUUUUGCUGUUAUUUAGUAAGAUCCACAGAAAGUAGUCAGUGUGUGCCUGAUACAAGGUGUGAAGCUUUUUGCCUGAUAAAAGAGCUACUGACCUGCAACCUGCAACCUCUUCACUUACAUACUCUACAUACACUUUUGUCACUUUCAUUUCACUCAGUUGAACUCCAGUUAGCUGACAUAUCCUGAAUUAACUAGCUGUGAGCCGCUAACUUUUGAGAAAUCCUCCUUAAAGAAAAAAAAUACUUGGCCAUUCACCCAAAAUAUCUUUUUAUGCGUUACCUGACUCAACUGACUGAAGUGAAAAUGGCUUCAUAGAAAAGUAAAUUUAUUACCAAAAAAUAAAUAAAUCUUAAAUGUCCAUAUACUGUAGGUUUUGUCUGGCAUCCCUUCUGUUAUAUAUAUUCUGUAUGUGUAAGGUAAACAUUGAUGUAGAUAUUCAACCUAACCCACUGGUUAUGUUUUCAUGUCAAAUAUAUGAAAUCCAUGUAGUUGUGAGUGUUAAGUGUGGCGUCUGUAAUUCAUAAGAAUCUGUUCAUUUCUAUGUGUAGUCCAUGGAAGACUGUAGAUGACUGUACUGUUCAGAGGGUUGUUUCUAUAAAAUAACUGUUAAAACAA